UUGCUGCCUGCCAUGGUCUCUCUCAGUCUGCUCAGAAUGGGAAGGGUUAUUUAGAGAUUCGUGCUGGAGGAACAAAGCUGUCCCUAAAGCUUGGUCCAGGAACCUUGGCAGACAGCUCAGUGCAGAAAGCAGCUGCAUUCGGAAACCCAUCCCGGCUGGGAGCUGUCCAUAAGGGGAGGGAGUCACUUGCUACUGAGUGGGCGAGUGUGUGUGUGAGAGAGAGAGAGAGACAGAGAGACAGAGAGAGAGACAAAGGGAUGCUGUCAGAGAGCCGUUGGUGCUGAAACAGAGAGACUGCCAGGGAAACGCGAUUGAUCAGAGCCUGCGACUGUCAACUUUCGGAUAGUGGAGCACUCCAGUAACCCACCAUGGAUCUCUCGUUCAUGGCUGCACAGAUCCCUGUGAUGACGGGUGCCUUCAUGGACUCCCCUAUCGAUGAGUGCAACACCGAGUUCUCACUCUUCAACUCAUCGACCAACAUGAACGAGACCCUGUCAGCCCCAAAUCAGCCCGAGGAACCAGCUCGCUCCUCCAAUGACGCCAUCUGGUUAUGGAUUGCGAUAAUAGCCACCAUUGGGAACAUUGUGGUGGUUGGUGUUGUAUAUGCGUUCACCUUUUAGGUGGUUCGGGGCCUGACAACUCAACGUGACUGUCCUCCCAACAGUCUGUCCCCACAAUGGAGGAUUUUAUACGUCAUCCAACUCAGUCACUUGUGGGUCUGCAUGUUCUAAUGGUACCCUGUAGCCUUGUGUCACAUGUGUACUCAGUUUUGGUCACUGGACAAUCAAUGGCUCCAAACCUAUUGGCCUCUUCAACUUGGUAAUUACAGGGAGCUGAUAUUCCCUAUUCAAUGAGCCACAAACUGCUAUCUUUUAAUGACGAGAUCCUUGCAUAAGUUAACAACAACGAUAUUUACACAGUCACAGUCUCUUUCGAGGGAAUUUGCAGUGCAAUUUUCAAUUGCCCAGCGCCACACCCCAAUUAUUCAGCACAUUCCGAUAGGUUAAUGCAGUUUAGUGGCAAUGUUGGGUUUUUGCUUUAAGAAUUAAAUACAAACUGUGUCAGGGUUAUUUUUGAAAUAUAAUACUUUUAUAAAUACAGGUUAUCUCGACUUAAGGGAAAUGUAAUGGGUUAGAAGUCACUUCCUGGGCAGGUAGUGGCGAUGGGCUUUUAUUGAGAUCUUCUUCAGCUGUUGUUGCAGGAGAUUCAUCCUCGCUGUCUGUGCGAGUUGAGACUCAAGAGGGUCAGGUUGGCGAGGGAGGGAGGGAAGUUUCAAGGAUUUGGGUGUCUGGUUUUUAGGGACACACUAGCCCUGAGUCACGUUGAUUAUCUCUGUAAAACACAGGGAUGUUUCGCGCUGGGAAGUAUCGAUGUGCCAUUCUUUCCAAAUCCUCUUCCUGUUGUGUGGCUGAAUUCUGCUUCAACAGAUGCUGGUACAGUGGACUACUAAAAUUUUUCAAUUUCUGUGAGUCAUGUCCAAAAUAUGGAGUAUUUGUGAAAAAAAACUCCAAAGAAAUGACAUAGCCAGCAGGAAUGAAUAAGUGAGAAACUUCAAAUAUUGCCAUUCGUAAAAACUAUUCUUCAUAGCUGUAAGUACAAGUGCUUUAAUGGCAGUUUAUUUAUGUAUUUAACAGACAAAACUGCCCGGGGAACACAAUGGGUUAAAAAUGGGUUGGAUAGGGAAUCAGCAGCCUUUUUUAAAUUUGUCUGGUGAAAUUAAUAAGAAACAAGUAACAGUGUAAAUAUAAUCUUGCAAAAUAUUUCUUAUUCGCUUUCUGUCUUGCAAGGAGGGUUUGAGUAGGUUGGGGACGACACUCAUUGGAGUUAUGAAAAAUGUGAGGCGACCUUAUUGAAACAGAUGAGACUCUUAGGGAGUUGACUGAAUAGAUGCAGAGGGGUUAUUUCCCCUUUUAGGAAAGAUUAGCAUCAAAGUGCAUCACCUCAGAGAAUUGAUCACCUGUUCAAAUCAAAGAUGAGGAGGUAAUUCUUUUCAGAGGGGAAUAAAUCUGUGGAAUUUUUUUUUUUAACCACAGAGGGCUGUCAAGGCUGGGUCAUUCAAGGCUGAGAUGGUCAG